AUCAAUGUUCAGUCUUGGCCUGUCCGUCGACCAUUUAUGACGUGUUUUCAUUCAUUUCAAGCGCAUCUCUCGUACUCAGCCGGCAUUUUCCGAUUCAAUACAUACAACAUAUGCGUAGAGACUUGGAGAGCUUUUCUGUAAUUAAAGCGUAUAUACGAGAAGCUGAAAAUCAAGGGAUGGUGAUAAUUUUCUAACCUGUUCCAUUCACGCAGUGUGUAGUUCUGUGGGAAAGUAAAACAAUUGGUGUGUUUUUCUUCUAUUGGCAUUUGGAAGCGCAGUGUGCUUUUCCUUCACGAGAAAAUCGUUCUAGUGACAGAAAGAAUUGAUUGUGAUAAUUUACCAGUGAGUGUUUGGUGCUGAUAAAUACUCAUCGUGAGUUCAACCAGUUCCGCCUAAGUUUAUAUAACGGAUCGAACGAUUCCAAGGAUUCGAGCAAAAUGUCACUGCGAAAUGGCAUAAGGAUCCAAAAGUAGCGGUUGAAAUCUCCAAAAUGAAACUCACAUCGAUUUCUUAGAGAUGGUUUGAGAAUAUGAAACAAAUAAGCGAAAGGAGACCGUGAUAAUUUGAGGAAACCAAAUCGGAUGAAUAAGAAAGGUAUUAAAAAACUAGAAAAACGGACUUUCAAACGGAGCAUUGGAGACCCAUAGUGUUAUAUACCAUUCAACUCAGCUAUUGAUCAAGUUUGAAGAUGAAAUGGCUGUGACUUCCGGUUCCGGAGAUAUAAUGGUAUAACCCACUAACCGCACAUUUUGCAUCAGCUGAAUUUUCUCGAAGAUGGCUCAACAAAUUCCGAAAAACUUAGGCUUAUUUGAAAGCUAACAAUGUCAAUCAAAUUUGGAACGGUUAUGGCAAACAUUUCCGUUGGUAGUUUUAUUCCAUUUUUUGGGGUACUACCAUGACCAUGACAACCACAGGAAACCGGCGUCUAAUAAUCUCAUAAUAGAUCAAGGUUUCGUCAACAGCUACCAACCGAUACCAAAAAUUCAACCAAAUCUGCAUCUGCAUAGCCAAACAUGCUUCCGAAGUGCGCUCGCGUUCGUUUCUUUAGUCCCGAGCGCAGCAUCCAGCAACAGGAUAUCUUUUUCAUCUGCAGAAUCUUACUAUGUCAUCCAGCACCAUUUCAUGUAGUUUUGAUAUUGCCCUUUCAAAGCUCAGGCCCUCCACAGCUGCGAGCAGGGGAGUUCCGAUCAGCCGUUUCGAUAAGGUUUCCGAUUUCGGGAGAGGCCAAGGCCGCGGUAUUUGCAAAAUUUUAACAAAGGUAUUGCAACCAUUACGCUUUAUUCUAAUUAAAUCGAAGGAUUUGACGUGUCAAUGUUUAACCUGUAGUAAAUUUUUCGGUCGACUAUACAAUGUAAGGUUGCUGUCAGAGUGCAGGUGUCACGCGAAGCAGAGCAAACCUGUCGAAGUGAAUGCGAUGCGACAACAGUACAUCGCAUUGAAUCCGCGCUCCCUUUGGCAGCAACCUAAGGUCCUAAUACUGCUGCUAAUGUUUGUAAUUUCAACUCUGGCGGCGGCACCCGAUGACGAAGCUGGUUCGAAGGCAGGGAUCUCAGGGAACGAGAACGAAACUAUCAAAUCAGCAAAAUCAUUAGGUUCCAGCAGCAGGUCUAGAAAAUCGAACCUUAAGUCGACACCAAUUACUUACAUCACGACGCUUUCCGAUGCCGGUCAUCAACACUACUCCAAACCACUGCCAAAGAAGUACGGAAAAUCGGUGGUGAAAGUGCGGGAAGACAAAUCGCAAUACAAGAAAGAUAAAUUUAAACAUCACCAUUCCGAAAAAUCUACCGGGAAGUCUCUCGAGGUGAUUCCCAAAACAGAACCACUGAAUAAUCCAGCAUUGCUCAGUAAAUUGGGUCUCGGAAAGGUGCAUGUUUCCUCUAGCCACCAGAAGAAGCGCUUAGCGGUGGAAUCCCGCCAUCACGGUCGACCCGAUGACUCACAUAUGUUCGUGAUCAAGCUACCACCGAAUCCCUACUACUACACUAACAAUGGACCGGUUCCGGCCCCGAACGCGAUCGAGGAUGUAGGCAAAAAGGUCCCAGUCGGAUUCAAAUCUAAUGGCAAACCAGGACGUAUUUACCAUUGGAAUAUACCAGUACUGAAGAAGAUUCUUGGCAAUAAUCAGGGACGUAACCCGAACUCACGCCAUCAUGACAACCUUGACGAGCUAAUUGACAUCAAGGAUAUACCAACGUGGACAAAACCAUGGGAGAACGAAUCUUUGGAUAAGUCACUGAUCAAAUUCAGUGCGGCAGAUCACGCGGAGAAGUUACAGAAAAGGAAGUCACCGACGUAUUACGCACCUAUCAAAGCCAAGAAAAGUGCUCACGGCAAGUACUAUGCGAGCAAUGGUAAACCACAGAGUUUCUACGUGAUCGAAAAGAGUCAGAAAAAUCUGAAACCGAUUCAUCAUCACAAACUGAUUCCGUAAGAUGAAUCAUAUCGGUAACGAUUCUCUUGGCAAUUUGUCGAGAAAACUAGAUAGCAAAACACAACUGAGAGAAAGGUGGAAUCGCGUUGGGUGAAACAAAAAGCACAGAUGGCAAAAUAAUAACGUAUACACUGAGCUUUAUUAAAAAAAUAACGAGAGCUUUGCUCAACCGUACGAUCUUUGGUUUGUGUCUUUGGUGAUCAUUUUCGUUUUAGUCCAAGGCGGGAUUGCUGCAAAGACUCAAACCGAUACAAUAUUUCUUGACACAUAUUUAUCGCCUUUAAGCAGAACCUGGGUAUUAACGAAUUAAAAGUGCAUAAACUUUUUAAAAUACAUAGUUUUUAAGAUUUAUACAUAAUUAGCUAGGCAUAGUUUGUAGAUCUUUAAUUGAAAGUAAUUGAAAGACUAAAAGUUUUAUCGUAGAAUUUAGGAAUAAUGUAAAUUACUGAUAACAUAAAAAUACGAUAUGAAUAUGUAAACGACUUUUAUAGAACAGUAUGACUCUUGGACUUCCAUGUUUAUUGCUCCGGAAUAUUAACUGUUUCGAAUGCACCAUUCCAAUUCAGUGAUAGAUUUUGUAAUAAAUUUAUAUCAUUAUUACAGUGCAACGUGUUUACACGUUUGAACAUAAA